AUGUUUGUCUUUUUUGCAUUAAAACAUCUACCAAUUACUUUUUAUCUCAAACUCUAUAAUCUUCCGUCUUUUCUUUUCCCUUUCCUUCCUGCCAUCCUUCCUUUCUUGCUUCUGUCUUUCAUGCCUUCUUUUCCUUUAUAUCCCUCUAUUGAGGACCUUCUUUUAUUCUGUUCUGUUUACCUUCCUUCCUUCCUUCCUACCUUCGUUCCUCCCUCCCUUCCUACAUUCGUUCCUCCCUUCCUUCCUUCUUUCCUCCCUUUCUUGCUUCCUUCCUCCCUUCCUUCCUUCCUUCCUUCUUUCUUUCUUUCUUUCUUUCUUUCUUUUUUCUUUCAUCCUUCCUUCCUUCCUACCUUCGUUCCUCCUUUCCCUUCCCUUUCUUUCUUUCCUUUCUUUUCUUUCUUUCUUUCUUUCUUUCUUUCUUUCUUUUCUUCCUUCUUUCUUUCUUUCUUUCUUUCUUUCUUUCUUUCUUUCUUUCUUUCUUUCUUCUGCCUUUCUUGUCUUCCUCCCUUUCAUCUAAACCUCUCUUUCCAAAUCAGUCAGACAUCCUCUCUUUUUCUGUUGCACUUCUUUUAUUUCUUCUUCUUCCCUUUCCCUCCUUCCUUGCUUUCUUCCCACCUCCUUCCUUCCUUCCUUCCUUCCUUCCUUCCUUCCUUCCUUCCUUCACACCUUCCUUUUUUCCUUCCUUCCUUCCUUCACACCUUCCUUCCUUCCUUUCCUUCCUUCCCUUCCUUCCUUCCCACCUUCCUUCCUUUCACACCUUCCUUCCUUCCCACCUUCCUUCCUUCCCUUCCUUCCUUCUUACUUUGUUCCUUCCUUCCUUCCUUCCUUCCUUCCUUCACACCUUCCUUCACACCUUCCUUCCUUCACACCUUCCUUCCUUCCUUCCUUCACACCUUCCUUCCUUCCUUCCUUCACACCUUCCUUCCUUCCUUCCUUCCUUCCUUCCUUCCUUCACACCUUCCUUCCUUCCUUCCUUCCUUCACACCUUCCUUCCUUCCUUCCUUCACACCUUCCUUCCUUCCUUCCUUCCUUCCUUUCACCUUCCUUCCUUCACACCUUCCUUCCUUCCUUCCUUCCUUCCUUCCUUCCUUCCUUCCUUCCUUCCUUCACACCUUACUUUUGUUUCCUUCCUUCCUUCCUUCCUUCCUUCACACCUUCCUUCCUUCCUUCCUUCACACCUUCCUUCCUUCCUUCCUUCCUUCACACCUUCCUUCCUGCCUUCCUUCACACCUUCCUUCCUUCCCACCUUCCUUCCUUCCCUUCCUUCCUUCCUUCACACCUUCCUUCCUUUCCUUCCUUCCUUCCUUUGUUCCUUCCUUCCUUCCUUCACACCUUCCUUCAUUCCUUCCUUCCUUCCUUCCUUCCUUCACACCUUCCUUCCUUCCUUCCUUCACACCUUCCUUCCUUCCUUCACACCUUCCUUCCUUCCCACCUUCCUUCCUUCCUUCACACCUUCCUUCCUUCCUUCCUUCCUUCCUUCCUUCACACCUUACUUUGUUCCUUCCUUCCUUCACACCUUCCUUCCUUCCUUCCUUCACACCUUACUUUGUUCCUUCCUUCCUUCCUUCACACCUUCCUUCCUUCCCACCUUCCUUCCUUCCUUCCUUCCUUCCUUCCUUCCCACCUUCCUUCCUUCCUUCCUUCCUUCCUUCCUUCCUUCCUUCUGUCUUUCCUGUCUUCUUCCAUUUAAUUCAUAUCUGUCUUUUCCACUUUUCCUUUUUACUAUUUUAUCUUAUUCUCUAUAAUAGCCCUUUGUUUCCUUUCAUUUUUAUCUCGAAUGAUCCCCUCUUUUUCUUUCAUAAUUCUUUUAUUUUUUCCCUUCCCUUCCUUCCUUCCUUCCUUCCUUCCUUCCUUCCUUCCUUCCUUCCUUCCUUCUAUCCAUUUAUAUCUCUCUAUAAAGAAAUCUUUCUACUUUUCUUGCUUCUUUUUCCUGUCCUUCACAAUGGUUCCGUUUUCUCCCCCCCCCUCUCGUCGCCACCCUCUCGUCACCACCCGUCAUUAUCUCACAGUGCAUCUGUACAUGCAGCCAUACAUGUCUGCAUAUGUAAGUACAUUUCGGUCUUUCUUUUUCAUGAAUGUCUUUUCCCAAAACCUCAGCCGUCAACCCAAACCCAAAUCCCGACCCAAGGACAGCAUCUCCUCCCUCAUUUCCUCAACCUGACCCUAUCUUUCUUAUCCAGUCACCUAUUCAUCCAUCCAAUUGACAAACGAUUGGGGCAGCCAGCUCGUCACUUGACAGCACUAAAAUGGCUGCGUUCAAUACAUCUAAAGGUUUACAUUAGUUUUUUCUUCUCUCUCUCUCUCGCUCUUUUUCCUCUUUCUCUCUUGCUUCUUUGGUCUCCCUUCUUUUUUUCUCGUGGAAACUUGCCAUCGUUUCAUUUCCAAUUCUUCUUCUUCUUCUUCUUCUUUUUCUUCUUCUUAUUCUUCUUCUUCUAUCAUCACCAUCAAAUUGUAUCCAUUUUCCUCGUCAACCGUAUCUUCUUCUUCUUCUUCUUCUUCUUCUUCUUUUCUUCUUCUUCUUCUUCUUCUUCUUCGUGUCGUGUCCCUUCAGGACGUUAG